CCCAUUUGUCUCGAGCUCCAAACCCCAAAGACAACAUCUCUCUAGCAAAAGAAAGCUGCAGGAAAUGGCAGAAAGUCACCCGCUUAAUCUUGGUUUCCAAGUAGACAGCAUCGUAGCGCAGCAUGCCAUUUUUGCCCUGUUCGUGGACACGUUAAGCAACCAAAUCCAAGUGAAAUACCAGUCAAUGCGAGUUUCUCCAUUUGACACCCACCAGAGGGUCAUGUCAACAUUUUUAGCUGCUCUGUUUAUAUACGCCACAACAUCAGUUGCAGAGGUUAUACUCCGGACGCAGAAAUCAGUACAUCAAAGACUUGUCGGCAAUAUUCGCCUCUUUGCUAGCGCCCUUGCUACAAUUCUGCUCCUGGUGACUCUUUCCCUUAUUGUGUCCUGCAUCAUUUCUGUCCUGUGGACCUGUUUAUUUGUGAAGUUAGCGUAUGAAUCAUGUCAGGAUCUCUGCCAGUUGCUAAGCCAAACAACUGAUGAGGUACUGCGCACGUUGAAAAAGCUAAUUGCAACUGUGAGGAGCCCCAAAGAGAAACCAAACAAUUUGGUCCGGUCUCCUUUUUGACAAUAGAUCGGUGUCAUUAAUAAAUUUUUAGUUAUCAUUGUUUUUUUUUUUUUUUUUGCCGAGGUCAUGCACAUAAUUAAAACGGAGUAGAAUGGUGCUUGGUAAUUACCAAGUCGUCUUCUUCUUCUUCUUUUCCUUUCCUAUUAUAUAUAACUGUCUCAAUAUAUAUAUAUUUUUAAAAAAUAUUUGAAUAUUUAAUAAAAGAGGAAUAAGAAAUCUCCAUAAA